AGUGCACACCAAUUUUACGAAAAAAUGCCUAAGCGAAGUGCUCAGGAGAAGUUAAAACGAUACAAACGUAAAAUAAGGAAAAUUCAAGAAGAGGAGAGUAAAAAACGUCGACUACGACGUGUUUUUGAUUCCUCAGAUGACGAAAAUGUUACAGAUUUGGAUCAUGCCGAAUCAUUCGGACUUAUGGAUGGACAAACUGAGGCUCCGAUUUCCAUGCCGGAAUGUCAACCAGAUGAGCCGGACGAACCACCACCGGCGUCUCCGACUCCAAAACUAUCAGAGUCCGCAGACGGGGCGCAACCUGAAGACUCGCAAGUACCGAACACAUCACCUACGGAGGUCACGCCCGAACCGGAACAGACCUUAGAUCCCGAGCUAUUAUCGGCUUUAGGUGCUUCCACCUCAGACACGCCAGAAUUCGGGGAAGCUAUUCACGACAGCUUAGCGACUUUGACCAUUUGA